AAAAAAUCUCAAAAAGUUGAGCCCUAAACUUAAGCCUUACACAUAAUAUUAAAAUUUUGGGUAAUGUUCUGGUACGCGUACAUAAAGAGGGUUGGCAUCUUUAAUGAUUUUUAUUACAACUAGAUACGCAUAUACUUAGUUGUAAUGAUAAUCAUUAAAAGCAUGUCAAAAGUGCAAUUUUUGAUGAUAAUAAUUCAUAUAGCAAUAAAAAUAAAUAACAUUUUUAAAAAUUUUUGAAUUUCAUAUUAAGAUUUUUGCAAGGAAACUAAAAUUUUAUUUAAGCAAGUAAUCCACAAUCUGUUUAAAUUAUAAGUUUAUUAGUUGAAUGAUCUGAUAGUAACACAACUGCUUAAAACAGUUAUAAGAGUGUGUUGAUACAUUUCCGUAAUGAAAAAAGUCUAUAAAUUUAAAAACUUAUUUUUAAAGAAUUAUUUCCUUUCCUACAAUCAAUUUAUCCAGAGCAAAAUUUAAAAACGAGAAUGCAGCGAAGUAAAUUAACAAUUGUUUUAAUAUUCACCUCUGGUUUGCUAUUUUUGGUUUUCCUACAAAAUAAAGAAGUGAAUGCUCAACCUCCUCCUAAGUCUGAAUCAGUUAGAUUAUCGUUACCACCGAUAAUAAUUGGACCCCCAAUACCACCUCCACCACCUGAACCUCCAACCCCAACUGAUUGUACUUGCGAGUCAAUUCAAAUAUUUACUAAUUACGUAGCAAACACCAUUAUUCAGGCUUGGUGCAAUCUAAAUCAAUUUCUUUUCAAUUGUAUUAUAAAUGCAGUAAGCAAUCACUUGCCUCCAUAUUUGGUAUAUUGCAUCCAGAAAUUUUUGGAUGCGCUAGCCAGUCGUAUUUGUAAAACACAUUAUUAAAUUUUUAAAGUUUAUAAAUAAAUACUUUUUAUAAAACACCAUGUGCAUAAAUUAUUAUAUAAAUGCUUUGUUUUUUUAAUAAAUAAUAUGAAUUACAAAACUACCAACUUUUUUAUUAAUUCUUAAAAUUUGUUUAGGUUUUCGAAUAUCAAAACGUACACAAUUAUUCUUUUAGAAAAAGGUGAUUGAUACACAUA